AUGGUGUACACUCAAUCGCUGCUGCGCACUGCCUGCAGCUUUUUCUUCCUCCUCGCCUGCGCCGAGGCGUUGAAAUUCGACAUUGAGGCUAAGAGUGCUGGAGACAAGAGUCGUGUGAGGUGUAUCAGGAAUUUUGUUGCCAAAGAUACAUUGGUUGUGGUGACAUCUACGGUAGAUGGCUACAGAGGGGAUGGAAUGAGGGUUGAUAUGCAUAUCAAGGAUGCUGUUGGAAACGAGUAUGGAAAGCCCAAAGAUGUAGUAGGCGAACAGAGAAUGGCUUUCACCUCCCACGCGGAUUCAUCAUUCGAUGUCUGCUUUGAGAAUCACUUCACCGGAGGCAAAGGCGUUGCGAACCCAUUCCGACAUGUCGAACUCGAUAUUGAUAUCGGUGCGGAUGCGAAAGAUUGGUCCGCAGUCCAAGCUACAGAGAAGCUUAAGCCAGUGGAGACUGAGUUAAGGCGGAUUGAAGAGAUGGUACAGGAAAUUGUUGCGGAAAUGGACUACCUACGAAGCCGCGAGCAGAAACUCAGAGAUACCAACGAGAGCACAAAUAACCGGGUUAAAUGGUUUGCCUUUUCGACAAUGGGUAUGUUGGUAGCAUUGGGAGCGUGGCAGGUGAUUUACCUGAGGGCGUAUUUCAGAUCAAAGCAUCUUAUUUGA